CUGAUAAUCAGAAGGCAUAGUUGCCGAAGGUUCAAGUUCCCCUCUUCAAUGGCACCAAUGCCUCAGCAUGGGCGGACAAGUUUGAACAAUUGGGCAGUUGCUGCGAAUGGUCGAGUGAGAAUAUGCUUCAAAUGGUGAAGCGAUAUUGUAUGGUGGAGUACAAAGAGGAGGUGUUGGAGUUGGUGCAAGCUUCGCGCGAUUGGCCGGACUUCAAGGCCAAAUUAUUGGACAAGUACCAGUUGGGGGAUCAACUGCUCGAUCUGGCGGACGUACGGAAGGAGGACCGCGAGAAGGAAGGGGUAAGCGCGGACAAGGAUCAAGCCGUUUACAAGACCCUGACUGACAUGCGAAACAUGAUGGCGGACAUGAAGGAGGAAAGGCUAAGGCUACAGGUGAUGAUGGUCCAGACAAAAGGUGGGAAAAGGAAGGGCAAAGCACCCGUAGUGGAGGAAGUGAUCAGUAGUAGCAGUGAAGAGGAAGAUGGGCAUGGGAUACGGUUUUGUCAAACCGUUAUCAAAGAUGAAAACGACAAGGUUAUAUAUACGAAUAUCCGAGGCGAGGUCUACGACUUCGAAGGGAACCUCAUCGAUCCCAAUGUGGAAGGAGGAAUGAGAAAGGAAGCCUUCCGACGUAUGGGGCGAGAUCUUCCAGCAACUUUUCGACUGGCUUCCCUGGAAGAAGUCGAACAGAUUGAGUUGGAAGCGGCGAUUAAGUCAUUGGCAAUUGAAGAAGACAAGAGUGCAGAUGAAAGUUUGAGCAAAGAGCAGGAAGAGAUACUGCAUCGGGCCCAGUUGGUGGUCAGAAAAACGACUCGAUGCAGGGAAACUUUCGUUCAAAUAUGUGCCGACAUGGAUGAAGAGUGGCCUGGGUUUCCCCAAGUUUUUCUGUUCGGGGGAUGGGACAGAGAUGGCCAAGGAGGUCUUACCAAUGUUACUGUAUCACAGCCUGGAUCGCCGUCGGCAGGGCGUCUAAUGACCACCACGGUCUUGUCCCGUCCUGCUUUCAAACGACCUCCCACCACUGGCCUCCCACAGGCUCGUAGGGCUCGAAGGCCGCCGCGGUCAAGGGCAACACCAGAGGAAGGACCAAGUCAGCCUCGAAAAACCGAGACAGUUUCAAUUGAAGAAGACGAUGGUGAGGAGGAUGAAUUGUUGCGGGCUGAAGAUGAGCGUCAGGCCAAACAGCGAGCCAUGGAAAGGGAGCCAGAAAUGGACAAGGUCGAUGUUGGGGAAGGAGAGCCGAAAAAGAAGAAGCAAGUUUACACAGUUCCAGUGGAGCAGGGGUUGGAUAUUGAGCAAAUUGUGGAGCGGAUUUUGGAAAGCCAGCGUGAUUUGUUCACGCUCAAGGAAUUCUUCGCCUCGUCACCGAAAAUUCGAGAGGCGUUCAGACACCGAUUGUCAAGAAAAAAGGUGAUGACGGUUAAGAUGGGUGAUAUCUUUCCCUAAGAGAUUAGUUGGGCUCCUCCUAGGACAAAAAUGGACUGGCACUGUGUAGCAACUGGGUUAUUGAAGGUGCAAGUUGGGCCGUGUGAGUACUCGGCUCUCAUCGACGAUGGAGUUGAAAUGAACAUUAUACGUGAAA